AGUCGUUUACCUCAUAAAAACGACACCAGUUAGAUCUCAUAAAAUGCCGUUUUGAUUAAAAAAAAAAAAACCAAAACAAACCGAAAGAAUAGGUGAAAAAAUCGAAUCGAUGGAAGAAGAUUUGGAUUUUGGGAAGAAGGUUUCGAUAAACGACACAAUGGAAGUGAUUGAUCCAACCAAAACCGUUCUUCUGCUUCGUGAUUUUCUCGAUAUACAACAACGCAGAGCCCAAGCAUAUUCCAAACUCAAAAGUGGAUUUUCUGACUACAUGACUUCUGGAGGGGAAUUGGCUUACCAGCAGCUUUGCAGUGGAAUCACGAAAGAGUUUAAUGAUUGCUCAAAACAAGUCCUCGAAAUGGAGUCACUGUUUCAGAGUCCUGACUAUAGCCGCAGUGAUCUAGCACAAAUCCUUAGAGCUGUUCAAGAUCAGGAAAAGCAGAAACUGCAUCUGACAGCUACCAUUCAGCUGUUAAAGAAAGCCGGUCGACCAUCUGAAAGACUCGUGAGCCAUGAGAAUUGCAAAUUUACAAAGCACACCGAGCAUGAAUGUGUUCAUGUCAAGGAAAUCACUGAAGCUUCUGGGACUGAAGAAGCAGAAGCGGAUGCCGAGUUUGAUAAUGCUCUCAACGAAGCUAUUAGAGGUGUCCAGGAUGCUGUAAUGGUCAUCAAUGAACAUCUUGAAGAAGUCAGAUAUGAGAUUGCAGCACUUGAAGCAGAGUGAUACUUUGCUGAUUCAUUACUGAAAUGCUUAGUAACAAAUAUUGGGAUGUGUCUACAACCAAUGAAAUGUACAUAGGCACCCUAAAAUGCAGCUCAUGAAUUUAUUUAUAUUAAAAUAGACAAAAGAAUAUCAAGAAAAUUUAUUUACAUGUGUUUUAAACUUUGUUACUUGAUGGAAGUGGAUGAUUAUUCAGAUGAGUACUCUAAUUCGAACCUCUUAACUUUUGGCCGUUUC